UCAUGUAAACAGACACAUCUCAAAGUGACGUCACCCUCCUCUUCCUCAUCCAGCACGAUGGAGAUCUUACGGCCCGUUCUCAUUAACAUCCACGGGAGAAUUUACAGGAAAAAUGCCGUUCAGGAGGAAUCUUAUGAAGAAGAAGAAGAGGAUAAUUAUUCAUAUUCAGAAGCAGACGCUGAGCAGUGCCUGGACGAGCCCUGUGACGCUCACGACAUACAGCAGACGGAGAAAGGCUUCCGCUGUGCCAUAGACGUGCCAAGUGUCCUUUAUAAAUAUAUUAUCGGUAAGAAGGGAGAGACUCGUAAACGACUGGAAUCAGAGACAAAAACUUCGAUCAGCAUCCCGAAACAAGGCGUGGAAGGACAGAUCGUGGUCACAGGUGCACACAGGGCUGCAGUCGCCUCCGCUGUAACCCGCGUUGAGGUUUUGAUUGACAGCUUUCGGA